ACUUAUAAUCAGGGGUAAUUUAGAGCAGGAUAAACACAGACCCUAAUGAACUAAUUCCCAUAUUAUCCCCAUAAACAAUAACAGCAUGUAUCAUGUGUGUCUUAUCUUUCUGUACAGGUGACUAUAAGGCAACUGAUAAAUACUGGCCGAACUGUCAUGCAGUUUAUAUCAGCAACAGUUUCUGACUUGUACGAUAUAUACACGGUAAAGGAGGCAACCAACAAAGAAGCAAAACCAGCCAAAACAAAGAAAACUGGCGAAAAGAAAUGCAAAAAAGUAACAUUUAACCUAGUACCACAACUCAUAGUGGACCUGGAGCCAGAAAAUCCUGCUCAAGAUAUUGAGGAGCCAAUAAAGUCAGUCCAGGAGAUUGUAGAGCCAGGAGACUCUUCUGAGAAGACAGUGGCCUCAUUAUAUCCUACAAUUAUAGAUAUCAGGCAGAAAAUGAUCCUUGUUGAUGGUCUUUCACAAGGGAACAGUGUGGCUGGCCAUACAGAAAUUCCCUGUAUGAGGAGUGGCUCUGACUAUAAUACGGAUAUGAAUAACAGUGUUCUGCCUUCAGUGCCCACUGUGAGCCAGGCAGCAGCAGAUGUCCCUAUGUCUGUGAAGAAGAAGAAGAGCAGCUUCUCAAGAUUCAUACAAAGUCUCAGGGACAGAGCCACCAGGUCAAAUAAGAAGAAGAGUGGGAAGUCUAUGAAAAACAAAAUUAUCUUCAAUGUAACAUCGUGUUUCCGGUGCCACUCAGUAGAAUCUGAUACCUGAGCCAGAAUUUGCAGAUGUUGCAUCUGUUUUAACUGGUGUUAAUCUGCCUUUACACUGCUAAACUUAAUCAAAAUGAAGAGAACUGAUCCUAUCAGAAUGAUGGAUAAAGAAGGCACUACUGGUGACCAAUCAAAGAUCAAGCAAUACAUCAUAACCAUCGAUUAGGAUAACCCUAACCUAGAUCCUGAAUUUUCCCCUUUCCUAAAUAUAUAUGUUUUUUAUUUGUUGUUCUUAAUAAACAUGUUAUCUGAAGGAA